AUGUUGACUUACGAUAAUCCCGUUCCGGUAAAUAGAAAACAUUCUGUCGCUAGUAUGGCUGCGUCGAUGGACACUAUAGCCUCAACGCCGAAGCCUAUCAACGCCACCAUGGUACCAGUAACAUCGAAUAACACCACUGCAAAAGUCAAUGGGCAGUCAGCACCCAGGCAGCGCCAUAUCUGGUUAGUUACGGGCCCUGCCGGUUGCGGUAAAAGCACCGUUGCCAAGCACUUGUCGGAGGCUAUUGACUUGCCUUACAUUGAGGGUGACGAGUUCCACUCCAAGGAAAAUGUCGAGAAGAUGGCCAAUGGCAUACCAUUGACGGAUAUUGACCGAUGGGAUUGGCUUAUUGCCCUACGAAAAGAGUCCCUGCGAAAACUUGAGGAUGGCGCUGAAGGAGUUGUGCUUACCUGCUCGGCUCUCAAGCGCAAGUAUCGAGAUGUCAUCAGGGUAGCUCCUUAUUACAUGCAUGAUGUCGUACUCCACUUCAUCUACCUUCAUGCGCCCGAGGAUGUUCUUCUCAAACGUGUGGGCCUAAGACAGGGACACUAUAUGGGAGCCAAUAUGGUCCACAGCCAGUUCUCUAUCCUAGAGCCGCCGACGGCAGAAGAGACGGACGUGAUUAGCAUCGACGUGAGCCGACCUAUGGAGGAUGUCCUGGAGGACUCUCUCAACAAGGUUCUCGAGAAGAUGAAGGAGACCGAGUCAAGCUAA